GGCGGCAGGGGCGACGAGGAGCCCUCACGCGAUGACGCCCCGCGGCUUGACUUGACUUUGCUUGCAUCGACGCCUCCCUCGCAACUUCUUCCAAAGAAGGGAGUGGAGGCCAGCGGCGGCAACAGCAAUACGCAAAGUAGCAGCGGUGGUCACGAUCAUGGCAUCAGCAACAGCGUCCUCUUCACGACGCCCUGGUGGUGGCCCCACCGGUCUGCUGGACAUGGCAUCUGCAGGCCCCUCUGGUCUGCCCGCCAUCACAGGCCCGACGGACCAGCUUCAUCAGAUCCAAAAGAAGCUGCAAGCCCUCGUCGCCUCAACCGGACAGCUACAGAUGGAGCUUGCCAUGACCCCAAUACUCGACUGGCCUACGAUUCUCAGUCGCUUCGGAACGCUCGUCUCUCAGACCUACUCCCUCUCCUCCUCCCUCACAUCUGCCUCGUCCACCUUCCUCCCCGCUCAGCUGGACAAUGUGCAGCGCACGCUCGAGGAAGAGGCACGGACGUCCAAUUACUUCAUGAGCGAGGAGGCGGCGCUUCGAGCCACGACCAGCGAGGGCGUCCCGCCCGUAUCCUUCGCGGAUGGGCGAAACACUCUACCUAGACUCUCGGCUGUUCCGACUACCACACUCGAUGGCGACAAGACGGCCAGGCUGGGCGAGGCGUUGAGGACUAAGCUGGAGCCAGAGGUGCAAGUUGCGCACGAUGAGGCAAUUGCGGCGCUACGGAGCAUCGACACCGAGCAAACUAGUCUGGGCAAGGAUGCCAACAUCUCUCACGCAGACCUCAAUGCCAUACUCAAGGCUGUUCGAGCACACGAUGAGAUUGCGGCGCGGGCGCUGAGGGCAUGGUAUCACGUGAGGUGGAGACCGGAUGAAGACGAUCAGACGUACGAUUUUCGGAUGCGAUUGCCAGAGGGAGACACGGGUGAGCUUGAUGACGAUGACGAGGCGGAUGGUGAUAUGGUUGACGUGGGCGACGUGGGCGAAGCAGACGAGGCGGGUGGCACGGCUGAGCAAGGUGGUAGGGAAGAGCGACCUUCGGAGGCAGGCGGGACAGGCGAGGGCGGCGAAGAUGUAGAACAAGACGAGGACGAUGACAUGGAGGAGAUCACCUAGCAAGGUACACAUGUCUGGAAAUCAAAUCAUUCGCUAUGCAGCCUCGCGGUGGUUCUUCGCCUCGCCCGGGCCGAUCGGUCUGCCGUCAGUCAAGGGCAGUGAGAGUACAUCUCUGGGUAACGAGGAGAUGCUCAUCGUCCAAAUAU